AUUCGAUGGCGGCCAUGUUUGGCCAGUAGUCAAGUCUCCGAGUUCUAGUAAAGUGCAAACAACUUUGUGCAACGCCAUGGCUGACAAACGGAAACUUCAAGGAGAAAUUGAUCGCUGUCUCAAGAAAGUCGGUGAAGGCGUAGAGCAGUUUGAUGACAUCUGGCAGAAGGUUCACAAUGCGGCGAAUGCAAACCAAAAAGAAAAGUACGAAGCAGACCUCAAGAAAGAGAUUAAGAAAUUGCAGCGUUUACGAGAUCAAAUCAAGACAUGGAUGACUAGCAAUGAUAUCAAAGACAAGCGACCUCUUGUCGAGAAUAGAAAGCUCAUAGAGACGCAAAUGGAGAGGUUCAAAGUUGUGGAGAGAGAAACUAAGACAAAAGCGUAUUCAAAAGAAGGGUUAGGCCUUGCUGCUAAAAUCGAUCCUGCUCAAAAAGAAAAGGAGGAGACGAGGGCAUGGCUAACAGAUUCUAUUGAUGCUCUAAACAGACAAGUUGAUCAGUUUGAGUCAGAGAUUGAAUCUCUUGUUGCUGGGACAAAGAAGAAGAGAUUAGAUAGAGAAAGACAGGAAAGGUCGGUGGAGUUGCAAGCUUGGGUGGAGAAACACAGACAUCAUGUAUCGAAGCUAGAGACUGUAAUGCGAAUGUUGGACAACUGUUCUCUUGAAACUGAUCAAGUUAAAGAGCUGCAAGACGAAGUGUCAUACUACAUUGAUGAGAAUCAAGAACCGGACUUCAUAGAAAACGAAUUCGUUUAUGAUGAGCUUGACUUGGAUGACACGAUAAUUGGUCAGCCAAUUUUAGCAUCUCCUGCUCAUGCCAAUAAUAUGGAAGACGACUGGGAGGCUAGUCUAAAUAAAGGUGCAGGAUCACCAGUCAACUCAUUUUCUCUCUCGCCAACAACUAAGGGACCACCUGUCAAGCAUGAAGAAGAUCGUAAGAAGCCUCUGAAAGUUGAUGGUGUGGUGAACGAUCUUCACACGUCUCCAAAGAAAAGAGCAAACAGUGUUAGUGCAGUACCUCAAACACCACCUCCUGUAGUACAGCCAAUGCGUACAGUAAACAAACAAGCAAUGAACAACCAACCAGCAAAGGCUCCAACAAUUGUAACGGCUUCCAAACAGCCAGCAAUGACACUGCCAACGACACCAGUGUUAGGCAAUUCCAACACUCGGCAAACGUUUAGUGGUGUUGCUGCUCAGUCACCAAUGUCACCUCCGCUAGAUGUGAAACCUGUUACUGUCACCCAGUCGUUGACAUCAUACUCAGCUGCAGCUAGCAGCUCUCAAGCGAUGACGGCAAUGCAACAAAGAGUGAGAGAUAAGCCAAAUGUAUCAUCUACUUCAGUGAAUACUACAGAGCAUGAGAGGACAUCAUCAUCAUCACCUGUUUCAAACAGUGUGAUGUCUGAAAGUUUGGCAAGUCGUUUGUCACCAGAGGUGUCUGCUGCUGUAAGUACUGACUCUACAGUGUCCAGUGCAACGUUGUCACAAGACUCAACAACAGUAGAUUUGAUCAGUCAGCCUAGUUAUGUUCCUGUGGCCAUUACAACGAGUGUUUUAUCAACAGCGUCUAACCAGUCGCUUGCAACUGCUGUCAGUCAGUUCGACGUGUCAACGAGACUUGAAAAUUUUAUGAGAACAACGGCUCAAACAAGUCGAUCACAAAGCCCUCUCUUAUCAAACUAUUCCAAUGUGUCAUCUGGAGUUGUAUUGCCAGUAACUUCUGCAAAUGAGCAGCUUAUGAGUGGAGUUUUGGAAGAACGUGGGGUACAAGGAGCGUACCAAGCAGUAGUCAGACAAUCUCCUAAUCUAAUAUCAAGACCACUCACAACCCUAAAAUCUAUGGCAGCAGAAGUUGUUGCAGCAGCCGGAUUGGAUGAUCAGGGAACUUCGAACUCAUUAAUUCCAUCUCCAACGGAAAGAAGUUUGUUGAGUAGUGCCAGUAGUAAUGUACUUACAACAUCCAUGCAUAGUCAACAGUCAACAUUAGUGCAGCCGUUAGAGCCUAUUUUGGGUGUCGCUCCGCUCGGACGUGUUCAACUUACAAAGGACAGAAAACAUCAGCAGAUAAUGUUGGAUGCUGCAUUUAUGCACAUACCACAACCAGCAGACUCAGAGAGAGUGAGAACGUAUUCAUCAAGGAAUGUGUACCCUACACCUGUGUAUCACCAUCAACAUCCGCCAUCUCAUUUCCAUUCUUUUGAAACUUUUCAGAGAUUGUCACCCGAAACACUGUUCUUCAUUUUUUACUAUCAAGAAGGUACACGCGCUCAAUACUUAGCAGCGAAAGCACUGAAAAAACAGUCUUGGAGAUUCCACACAAAAUAUAUGAUGUGGUUUCAAAGAUAUGAAGACCCGAAGACAAUUACAGAUGAAUAUGAACAGGGUACGUACAUCUACUUCGACUACGAGAAAUGGCAGCAGCGCAGGAAGGAGGGAUUUACGUUUGAGUAUCGUUAUCUGGAAGAUAAAGAUUUACCCUGAAGCUUUAUUAAAAUUGUGGCAUCUACACUUGUAGUUAAGCCUAAGAAUGGAGACGAUGUCUCUAUUUGGGCUGUCAGUUUGUACAGGACAUUUUCGGAAUCUCUGUUGACAGCUUCACUGCAAUGUCUGUACAUAGAGACAAGUCUGUUUGCAGCAAGAAAUUCAGUGAGUUUAAUUUCCGACAGUGUCAAUUGCCAGACUUAGGGGCCAGUAACAUGCUAACAAGCAGGUUCAUAGAAGUCACUCGCUUUCUAGUUAAUACACUAAAACACAUACAGUAUCCCCAUUGGUUGAUAUACAUGUAUAUUAAAAUUGC